AUACGCGAUAGAAAUGGAGUAUCUUUAGGGUCGUUGCAACUCACCAAACUGACUUGGCGUUGCUUGUCCGCUGGAUAUGCUGUUAUCUCUUGGGGAAGGUAGGACAGGACGUGGGUCAAACAUUGAUAAGACGUGCGGUGUCCCUCGACAAGCACCCUUCCGUGUCCAUUCUCCGUCGUCGUGAAUGCCAUUCGUCUUUUGCAUGUCUGCCAAAUCAGAAUCACGAAAUCAUAUCAAUACCGUGUUUCCUCCAACGUUUCCUUUCCAUUCUUCAUACUUACCCCUGCUAUCGGCGACAGCGCCUUGAGUUCUCAAGAUGGGACAGACAGCAUCACAGCCUGCCCCAGAUAGAUCUCUGAGGGUCAUUGGCGCAGGUCUCUCGAGGACAGGGACGACCUCUUUCGGCGCCGCCUGCUCAUACCUUCUCGACGGUCCGUGUUACCAUGGAGGUACGCAGAUGCUGAACUCACCGGAAUCACACAUCAGACGAUGGAUCGAAAUCAUCAGACAUACCCCUGUAAAGAGCGAAGCUGAUGAAGUAGCGCUUCACGAGGGAGUCAAGGAGAUGUUGGAUGGAUAUGUCGCUUGCACGGAUCUCCCUUCCAACGCUUUCGUCGAGGAGUUGAUGGAGAUUUACCCGGAUGCGAAGGUGAUCUGCACUGUUCGAGAUCCUGAAAAAUGGUGGAAUAGCUUGGCUCCUAUUGUCGAAAACGGAAACCUGAAUGUCUUGUCAUGGAUACUGGCGCCUCUGCCGACCUUGCGCAUGUUCCGAACAUAUCAUGACGCUUUGGAUGAGGGUCGUGUUGGUGAACUGUACUUCCGGGAAGGUGAACCCCAGAGACCAACCAGAGCUAUGUGGGAACGACAUAUCGAGCACCUGAAGAAGGUCGUGCCCAAGGACAAACUGUUCUUUUACGACGUUCGUGAUGGCUGGGAGCCGCUGUGCGCCAUUCUAGGCGUUCCCGUUCCCAAAGGUGUUCCCUUCCCGAAGCUGAAUGAUGCCCAGGCAAUGGAAAGUUUCAUGAAAGCCAGCAUAAAGCGUGGAUUGAUGGCUUGGGCUGGCAUCUUCUUGACCAUGGGUGUUACUGGAGUUUGCGCGGCCAGAUACACCAAGCUGAUAUGAUCCGGUAUUUUGAAUCUUGCAGGGUGUUAUUUUCCGUUGGAGUUCGGCGCAAAGUGGCUUGGUGAGCGACAGUAGGGCGAUUGAAGUGGCGUUUUGGACAAGGAGUGACUGGCCAUGUAUCGCGCUGCGUUGAAGCUCCAGGUUUUCAGGAAGGACAAAACAUGUAUGCUGACGAAAGUCUGUUUGGAAAGCUUUGAUUUCGAUCUGUCUUAAUAAUAUUAGAGAACCCAGCAAAACCCCCGUAGUUCAGCCUGCAAGGC